CCUCAGAUUCUCACCCAGGAGCUGCUCCAGUUCGGGCUGGAGUCAGUUCUUCUCAGUGCCCACCCAGGCUUCCGCGUUGGGUUUAACAGCCUGGGAGCCUUCGCCUCGGUCAACCACUUGCACCUACAUGGGUUUUACCUGGAUUGGGAGCUCCUGAUUGAGACUGCCCCAGGCGAACCCCUGUGCCCCACACUCAACUUCCACUUCCUGCGGGGGGUCCCGGCCCCAGGGUUCCUGUUCUACAGUGAAGGGGAGGGCCUAGGGGCCCUGGCGCACAAUGUCUGCCAAGUCACUGACUACCUGGUGGAUAAAGAGAUUGCACACAACGUGUUUGUGACCCGGGGAACUGAUCCUGGGGAGCCAUCCCACUCGGAGACCCGCUCUGGAAUCCGGGUGCUCAUCUGGGCCAGGAGGUCCUGCUUUGGGUCCAAAGGGGAAGCUGCAUUUAAUGUGGCACUUUGUGAGCUGGCUGGGCACUUGCCCAUCAAAACUGCCGAGGACUUCCAGAGCAUUACGGAGACAGCAGCUAUUCACAUCAUCCAGAGAUACCUCCUCCCUGAGCCGCAGCUGUCACAGCUCCGAGGCCAGCUGGUGACACUUCUUACAGAGUAACCACACGGGCUCUGCAUUGCACACAGCGUCGCACUUUCUGGGGUCAAGUCUCACUCUUGCGUAUUUUGUAACUGCUGUAGAAUCGUUCAUUGGGGCAGUCGGGGAGCAGGGAGUGACUGGAUUUGCCUCCAGGAUCCAGCAUGGAGGCAACCUUGCUGUUUGAACCACUGUCACCGCGGGCACUGCAGACUGGACCCUCUGGGACACUGACUGGCCUGUUGUAGCAUCAUUGGCAACAA